CUCCUGAAGGCGACGAGCGUGCCGUGUUCCCAACCCCGUCGCCGCCUACGCCUUCCGCUGCCGCCGCCAGCCUGUGCCGCCGCCGCCGCCUUCCAAUAUGGCACGCUUCGUCGCCGCUGUCGUGCAGGCCGCGCCGGUCUGGAUGGACCGUGCGGCGACGACAAAGAAGGCAUGCCGCCUCAUCCACGAGGCUUCACAGCAGGGAGCACGCAUUGUCGCCUUCCCCGAGUCCUUCAUUCCCGCGUUUCCCUACGGCGUGUGGCAUCACGGCGUGCGACGCAACAUGCGUUUCUACCAGCAGCUGACCGAGUGCGCGGUCUCGCUCGACGGCCCAGAGAUUUCCAUGAUACAGGUUGCUGCGCGAAAGGCGGGAUGCGUCGUGGUGAUGGGCGUGACGGAGCGAGACGGCGGCAGCCUUUUCAACUCCCAGGUCUUUGUGGGAGCCGACGGCACCCUCCUGGGACGGCGACGGAAGCUCAAGCCCACGAGCGCCGAGCGGCUCAUUUGGGGCGAGGGCGACGGCUCGGGGCUGCGCGUGUUUGACACGGGCGAAAUUGCCGGCCGCGUCGGCGGUCUGAUCUGUGGAGAGCACAACCUCGCCCUCGCCCGGUACACCAUGCAGAGCCAGCAGGAGCAGGCGGGGCUUGCCGCCAGACGCGGCAGGGGCGUGCACGUGGCCUCGUACCCCGACCCACGAAUGGAAGGGCGGCCGUUUGCGGACCGCGUCGAUGCGGCCGUGCGGCACUACGCGGCGGAGGGUCAGUGCUUCGUCCUCAACGCCACCGCUCUGCUCGAUGACGCCGCGCGCGCAGCCCUUUACGACACGGCCGAGCUCGCCUCCCUAGAUGGGGAGCACAUUGCCGGCCCCGUGAGCGGUCGCGAGGCGAUCCUCACCGCGGAGGUCGACCUCGGCCGCAUCCCGCUCUCCAAGUUUUGGUUCGACCCGCCCGGCCACUCUGGCAGACCCGACGUCUUCGACCUCCGGGUC